GAAGACGACGAAGAAGAAGGAGACGGAAAAAGACCGAAGAACCACGGCCUGCCUCUCGACUCGCUUUUAAUAGCUCGGCUGGAAAAAGCGCAGGUUACAUAACUUCCAAAAGUCUAAGUUAACUGUAGUCUUUUGUAUCGAGGAAGGAAAGAAUCGUCGACGCGAAUCCCACCUGCAGCAUAGUAACCGUGAUAUUCUGACUUUGGCACAGCAUAUCCUCCAUUUCAGACGGAUCGAAAUGGCGGAUGAUUUUGACGUCGAGGCCAUGCUGGAAGCUCCAUACCGAAAGGAUGAGAACAAGUCCUAUCAUGCAAAUGGACACGAUGAACAUGGCAAGAAGAAGAGAAGGAGUCGAAGCAGGAGCCGUAGUCCAGGCUCAAGGAAGAAGAAAAGUCGUAGCAGGAGCAAAGACAGGAAGAAGAGCAAGAAAAGGAGCAGGAGCAGAGAUAAAAAACGCAGCCGCAGCAAGGAGCGCCAUCGUAGCAGCUCCAGAAGCAGAGAUCGCGCUGGGCGGUAUAAAGCACGCAAAAGCCCCAUCCGGAAGCGCUCCAAAAGUCGAAGUCCCUUCAAGAAAGAAAAGAGUCCUGUUAGGCAACCGAUUGACAAUCUAACACCAGAGGAGAGGGAUGCCCGUACAGUUUUCUGCAUGCAGCUUGCAGCAAGAAUCAGGGCUCGUGAUCUGGAGGAUUUCUUCUCUGCGGUUGGAAAGGUCAGAGAUGUACGAAUAAUUUCUGAUAGAAACUCUCGGAGGUCGAAGGGCAUUGCAUACAUAGAGUUCGUGGAGUCAUCCUCUGUACCACUGGCAAUUGGACUAACUGGCCAGAGGCUUUUGGGUGUGCCCAUCAUCGUCCAGGCUUCGCAGGCGGAGAAAAAUAGGGCGGCUGCUGCAGCCAAUAACCUACAGAAGGGCAGCGCGGGUCCAAUGAGGCUGUAUGUGGGUUCGCUUCAUUUUAACAUAACUGAAGAAAUGCUCCGAGGGAUCUUUGAGCCCUUUGGAAAGAUUGAAGGAAUCCAGCUCAUGAUGGACAGUGAGACUGGGAGAUCUAAAGGAUAUGGCUUCAUAUCGUUUGCAGAUGCAGAAUGCGCAAAGAAGGCCUUGGAGCAGCUCAAUGGAUUUGAACUGGCAGGUCGUCCAAUGAAGGUGGGACACGUCACAGAGCGCUCAGAUUCCUCUACAGCCAGCUCUUUCCUGGACAAUGAUGAACUGGAAAGGACUGGUAUCGACCUGGGCACAACAGGACGUUUGCAGCUCAUGGCUAGACUUGCAGAAGGAACAGGCCUGAAAAUUCCUCCUGCUGCUCAGCAGGCUCUGCAGAUGACUGGAUCCAUACCUUUUGGGGGCAUACCUACCCCAGCAGUUUCUAUUCCUGCACCGAGCCAAGCCCUGAACCUCCCCUCACAGCCGCUAGCCACACACUGCCUUCAGCUCUCCAACCUGUUUAACCCACAAGCAGAGAAUGAUCCUAACUGGGCCUCAGAAAUCCAAGAUGAUGUUAUUGAUGAGUGCAACAAGCACGGGGGAGUUGUUCACAUUUAUGUUGACAGGAACUCACCUCAGGGUAAUGUGUAUGUGAAGUGUCCCUCAAUACCGGCAGCAAUGGCGACAGUCAAUGCACUUCAUGGACGCUGGUUUGCAGGCAAAAUGAUAACGGCUGCUUAUGUUCCUCUACCGACCUACCACAACCUUUUCCCAGACUCUGUAACGGCGAAGCAGCUUCUAAUGCCUUCACGUCGAUAGUCUGAGACGUGCUUCUGAGAGUUGCUGUAAAUACGUUUGUUUGCAUUUCAUGAAAAUCUCAUUGAAGCAAAGAUGCAAUGGAAUUUAGUUGGCUGUGUAUCAAGUUACCUCACAUUAAUUUUUUUUUUUUUUAACCCUCCCCUUCAGUUGCUUUUUCAGAUUUAGUUGUAAAUUACCACUGAAAAGUAAUCUGCAGAUAUCAAUUGGUCUGUAAAUUUUUUAAAUUGUCUUAUCUGCUUGUUAAAAUCAGCUGUUUUUGAUUCAAUAUCUUGGAAGUUACAGAAACUAUUACGCCUAAAAUAUUGAAAAGUAUAUUGAUGUCAAAGUAAUCCUUUGUAACUUUAUACAGCCAUGAUUUCUUUUGUAUGAAGGCUUCCAAUAAAUCUGGCAAACCUCGCCAUUCUUCUUUUGUCCCCAUUUGAGUUUGUCAUGCCAGAUUCAAUUUGUGAUUAAAGUCUUUAUAACGGUCUGAGA